AGCGCGGGGAAUUUCGAGUAGCGGUGGAGCGCGGGAGGCCAGUGGGUGCUGGAACCCCCCCCAGCCUGCCUAGGAGAAACUAUGGACUCCCUAGUCGAGCCUCGGUGGCCUCCAGGCCUGGAAGUCAUGAAGACAAUAGAUGAUUUGCUACGGUGUGGAAUUUGCUUUGAAUAUUUCAACAUUGCAAUGAUGAUUCCUCAGUGUUCACAUAACUACUGUUCUCUCUGUAUAAGAAAAUUUCUGUCCUAUAAAACACAAUGUCCAACUUGUUGUGUGACAGUCACAGAGCCGGACCUAAAAAAUAACCGCAUAUUAGAUGAACUGGUAAAAAGCUUGAAUUUUGCACGGAAUCAUCUUUUGCAGUUUGCCUUAGAGUCACCACCCAUAUCUCCUGCUUCUUCCUCUUCAAAGAACCUUGCUUCCAAAGUACACACUCCUGUAGCCUUCAGACAUUCUUUAAAGCAAGGAAGCAGGUUAAUGGAGAAUUUCUUGAUCAGAGAAACUGGUGGUUCCUCAUCAGAGUUGUUGAUAAAAGAGAAUGAGAGUAAAUGCACCCCUCAGAAAGAGGUGAGCACUUCUUCAAAGACCAAAGAGACACCUAUAGAAAAGGCAGCUCCGUGUUCCUUAGAUGCUCAUGUUCCUGAGACACCCUCUACAUCAACUUUGAAACAGGUUACCAAAGUGGAUUGUCCUGUUUGCGGGGUUAAUAUUCCAGAAAAUCACAUUAAUAAGCACUUAGACAGCUGUUUAACACGGGAGGAGAAGAAGGAAAGCCUCAGAAGUUCUGUUCACAAAAGGAAGCCUCUGCCCAAAACUGUAUAUAACUUGCUCUCAGAUCGUGAUUUAAAGAAAAAGCUAAAACAGCAUGGAUUAUCUAUUCAAGGAAAUAAACAACAGCUCAUUAAAAGGCACCAAGAAUUUGUACACAUGUACAAUGCCCAGUGCGAUGCUUUGCAUCCUAAAUCAGCUGCCGAAAUAGUUCAAGAAAUUGAAAAUAUGGAGAAGACUAGGAUGCGUCUUGAAGCUAGUAAACUCAAUGAAGGCGUAAUGGUUUUUACAAAGGACCAAACAGAAAAGGAAAUAGAUGAAAUUCACAGUAAAUAUCGUAAAAAACAUCAGAAUGAAUUUCGGCUUCUGGUGGAUCAGGCCAAAAAAGGAUACAAGAAAACUGUUGAAAUGUCAAAAAAAAAAGUAACAAAAGAAGAAGAUGGAUCUACAGAAAAGCUAUUACCUGUAUGCGUGGAACAGGAAGAUAAAAAAAUGAAAUUCUCAGAUACUUCCCCUGUAACAAACCACUUCUCUCAGUCGAAACUGGAAUCCCCAGGGAAAAUGGAGUCUGAUAGACCAGAUGAUUCUUCCAGCUGUACUGAUAUUCAAGAAGAAGCUCUUUCUUCAUCAGAUUCAGACUCAUUCAAGAGUUCCAGUUCAGACAUCAUAAGAGAUAUUUUAGAAGAAGAGGAAGCCUGGGAAGCAUCACAUAGAAAUGAUCUUCAAGAUACAGAAAUGAGUCCAAGACAGAAUCGUCGUACAAGAUCAGCGGAGGGUGCUGAGAUUGAGCCGAGCAAUAAGCGGAAUAGGAAUUAGUGAGGGCUUUGCUGACUUUUCCAGUGUGGUGAUUGGAGUG